GGGAAAGUAGAAAAGGGGGAGACAGGGUCGUCCAGAUCGCAGGUAGAAGUCAGCAGGCUGGGAGGUCGGCUGAGCGAGGUGGUGGGUCCCGUCGUGGAGGAGGCCAUCGAGCCAGGGGAUGCCACCCCGUUGACGGGACCCUCGAGGGAGUCCUCGGUUCCCCGAGCCCCCCCGCCACCCCCACAUCGCGUUACCACAUUGAAACCACCGAGACCUCCGCCCACUACGUCUCAGCAAACACAGGAUCCGGGUCAUCAGACCCAGGAGGUGAACUCGGACGCUCCGAAUCCGGGUCAUCAGGCCCAGAAUCCUGGACAACAGACGCAGAAUCCGGAACACCAGUCUCGGAAUCCGGACCACUCGACCCAGAAUCCAGGCCACUCGGCCCAGAACCCGGCCCAGAACCCGGCCCAUCAUCACAAUCCUGCCCAACAGAGCCAGAGAGCAGAGCAGCAACCAACCUCGGGCCAGAACCCAGGUCACCAGGCUCAGAAUCCUGGCCAUCAGGGUCAAAACCCGGGCAACCCGAGUCAGAACCCAGGUCAUCAGUCGGCGAAUCCGGGUCAUCAGACUCAAAACCCUGGACACCAGCCCCAAAACGUGAGACAACAAAGUCAAAAUCCCAGUCAUCAGGCGACGCAGACGCAACAACAGCCACCGUCUCAACCGCAACCACAGCCGCCACCACCACCGCCACCGCAACAACAACAACAACAACAACAACAACAAGUAGAGAACCGAACCAGCAGCAUGGGUACCGUGUUGUCGUUCAGCCCGCGUGACAGACGCGGUUCCGUGUAUCCUCCACCGGGCCAUCAGCAUCCCGCUGAUUUCACGUUGAACAAUUUCAAUUACGAGCAGUUGAACAACGCGAAGAACCGGGAGAACAAGAGCGGCGUUGCUACGGUGGCGCCGGCGCCGCCUACGAAUCAUCCGCCUACGAACAAUAACUCGUUGCAAAACAACAAUAUCAACCUGAACAACAACGACAAUGCGAGAAUCAUCUCGGAGAAGAACGCCCUCGAGAAGAACCUGAAGAAACACUCGUUAUUCAUAAACGCGUUAUCGUGGAAACGGUUCAGCACGUCGAACAACAACAAGAAGAAGCUCGACAAUAAGAACAAGAACAUCGGGUUCAGGCAACCGCUCGAUAACAUACCCAUCGUCGAUAAGAAUAAGAACAUACAGACGCCUCAGACGAAACCGCCGGCGUCGAACAACAAUCACAACACGCACAACCCGACGUGCGAGAAGCUCGUGCAGAAGCCUUUGCCUCCGAAGCCAAGGAAAACCGUGAUCCAGGCAUCGACCUCGGAAUUGCUCAAAUGCCUCGGCGUCUUCCUUCACAGGAAAUGCACCCGUUUAAGAGACUUCCAGGCUGGCGACGCUGUCAUGUGGCUGAGGACCGUCGACAGAAGCCUACUGCUUCAAGGAUGGCAGGAUGUCGCGUUCAUCAAUCCCGCCAACGUUGUGUUCAUUUAUAUGCUGGUGAGAGAGUUGGUCGACGGGGACGAGGCUUCCGAAAGGGAGCUUCAAGCAACGGUUUUAACGUGCCUCUACUUGAGCUACAGCUACAUGGGGAACGAGAUCAGCUAUCCCUUGAAACCGUUCCUCAUCGAGGACAGCAAAGACAAGUUCUGGGAUAGGUGCUUGCUGAUCGUGAACCGGUUAAGCUCCGAGAUGCUGCGAAUCAACAGCGAACCCGGAUUCUUCACGGAGGUCUUCACCGAACUGAAGGCGUGCGGAGCUGGCGAUCGAGGCAGUCUGCCUGGUACCGGCCUCGAGCGGAGCCUCGUCGUCUCCGGAGUCGCGGUACCCACCAAGGCGGCUUGACGGAGCUACACACACUUGCUGGUGCGCAUCGACAGGCACGGCUGCGACGUCACGACACUCUGACGACGGCCGUCGCGACGACGAGGAGCUGCCCCCGCAGCUUGACCCCUCCGCAUCGACCUCGACCUCGACGUUGCAUCGACAACCACAUCAUCAUCACCAUCAUCACCAUCAUCACCGACCUAGCCGCGACGAUGGGGAGGCCAGCGGCCGAUGUCCGUCCUGUGGCCAGAAACGGCGGGAGGAGAUCUUGCUCGCCAUCGAGGACCUGGACGCGAUCGAGUCGGCGCCCCUCGAGUCCCA